CCGGCGGCUUCCCGGCCGGGAUGGCGGCCCCGCGGCGCUGCGCGGAGCGGCCCUGCUGCUCCUGCCCCGGCGCGGUGCCCGGCGUGCAGCAGACGCUGGAGGAGAUGGACUUUGAGAGGGGAAUCUGGUCAGCAGCCCUGAACGGAGACCUGAGCCGAGUGAAGUAUUUAAUUCUGAAGGCAACGGACCCUAGUCAGCCUGAUUCCGCUGGCUACACCGCUCUGCAUUAUGCCAGCCGCAAUGGACACUAUGCUGUGUGCCAGUUCCUGCUGGAAAGUGGAGCUAAGUGCAAUGCCCAGACCCACGGGGGUGCCACCGCUCUGCACCGGGCCAGCUACUGUGGGCACACUGAAAUCGCACGGCUCCUUUUGUCACAUGGGUCCAACCCCAGGCUGGUGGAUAAUGAUGGCAUGACCAGUCUACAUAAGGCUGCCGAGAAGGGUCACGUGGACACUUGCUCCCUCCUGUUGCAACACAGCCCAGCGCUGAAGGCCGUCCGGGAUCGGAAAGCGCGGUUAGCAUGUGACCUGCUGCCUCGCGACAGUGACCUGUGGGACCUGCUGGCCAGCUGAGUUGCCCCCCUCCUAUCCCAGGCUGCCUGGGAAGGGCACACUGACCAGCUCCCCAGGCCCCUGCCCUGGUCAGCAUCCACGCUGCAGGGUGGGAAACCAAGGUCAGAAGACCCAGGAAAAGCUCCAGUCUGGCCACUGGAAGCAAGGGAGUAGAAUUUGUUGGGGCUGAAAGUGCUUAAUCCUGGACAGAUGAGCAUAUUCUAACUUAGUUCGCGUGAGACGUCUAUCCAUUGGAAAAAAAUAAAGUUAAAGCUUACCUCAUCCCACACACAAAGACAAGUGGCAAGGUUAAAGAUCUAAAUAUAAAA